GCACUUGAAUUUAACUGCACAGUGACAGAGUUUCCGGGUGUGAGCGUGACAGUUCCUGAGAGUUGCGUACCUGUGAAUGAAGACUUUUCGUUGACAGUAAAGGUAUUUGAUUUAUUAAAGUUCUAACAAAACAUCAGCCGGUGCUUUUAUGGAGAUAAAAACCUAUUACUCAGUGGGGUCCUCAAUCAAGGUGUCUCGACCUGCGUUUUCAAGGCCAAUACCUCACGGCGUUUGAGCAUUUACUAAUCGUCGUUUACAGAGAUAUAGAAAAAGGAUCACUACUAACAGCUUUAUCAGACAAAGAUGAAAAUUGGUUAUAUAAUCACUGUUCUGUUGACGUCGGAGCUGUCAUAGCAACGAAAUGGCGUCAUUUCCGUUUCUACUUACAGCCGUAUUUCUUGGCGCUGGGAGUUUUUUCCAAACUCGUUCACUGAAACUUGUUCCCCCACCCCCAACGCUAUCUAUGAGAGUGUUAUCGAGAUAUUUUGGGAUGAAGUUUUUAUGGUUGAAAAACCUCCUAUUACCGAGAAAAUACGGCUGGCUGCGAGAAAAAUAUAAAAUAGGUAAUGACGUCAUUACCCUGCUGUUACAACUCCGAUGUCACCUGCUAACAUUAAUCUUAACACAUUUUGAAUCACUCAUCGUUUCUGGGCAAUCUAAUACAACUCUGGUGAUCAUUUUUCCCAAUCUUUGUUAAUGCCAACGUAGUUAAUGUCCAAACUUGGGAGGUAUUGACCCUGAAAAAUCCAGUCGAGCCACCUUAACGAAAUAGAAGAUUCUACUGGGGCAAAAUAUAGUGUUCUAUAUAUAAGGCUAUAUUGAGGUGAAAUUCGAAUAUCUGUAUUUUUUAAUUUCCAGUUUAAGUCAUUAUUUUUUCUUAACUGAAAUGUUUAAGUUUUUAUUUUAUCUGAGAAAAAUAGUGAUUUUCCAGUAAAAUACUAAUAAAAUGUUCGAAUAAUGCUAAAUAGACUUGCCUCACUAAAAAGGCGGCGAGCAUAUUAACGUGCAAAAAGGCUAACGAGAUUGGUUGUUGAAUAUUCUCCCUCAAGAACAUUUUCGGUAAUAAUUAAACUGAAUUGGCAAAACAGAACCUGUAGAAUUUUCAAAUGUGCUUUAACAAUUUAACGUUUAAAGUGAACAAAAACUCCGCAGGGAUAAUCUUCCGCCAGUGUGGUUUUCAACACCGAGCUGGAAAUUACACGCAGCAGUGAGUUAAUUAGCGGGAAAAACUCGCGCUUUUGUCAAAUAAGCGCAACUUUAUCUCCCCUGGGACAUUUGUUAGCCAUUUUUCAAGUCGUAAGUAUCCACCGUGAAGCAGUUGUCGCAAAAGUCUUUCCGAGGUGGGGAAAUGCCAUUAUUGAAAUUUUUAAACAAUUCUACUACUUUACAACAUUAAAGGGCAUGAAGGCAGUAUUUUAACCCAUAAAGGUCUAGCUUAAGGUGAACUUGAGUGUAUUCUCAACCUCUAUCCUAGAGUCUCUCCUUCCAAAAGUCAUGCCCAUCUCUCUUUAAUUCUUAGAGUUGUACACAAAGAAUAUAGGGUCACCAGGAAUGUUCUUUAUUUGCAAAGACUGCCAUGAAAAGGUUGAUCCUACUUUUGAAGCAAAAGCUGUUUUCAUCUUCAUGUCUUUAAAGUAAAGUUUUACACGGUCAAGCGUAUUCUUCUUCCCGGUCCAUUCAAAAUAUCGGGGAAACCUUGUAACUAUCAGCUAUACAGUGGAACCCCACUCUACGGACACCCUCUUUUAAAAUACGGACUUCCGCAUAUAAGUGGUAGUUUUCUUUGUCCCGACAGAAAAGGUCAUAUAUUUUCUCUAAAAUUAACCCGCUUAAUGCCGACACCAUAAAUACGGACAGUGGAUACUUUUUUAAGUGAAUAUUUAACGAAAAAACCGUCAGGAAUGCGUGACACUUGUGCUUCAAUAGCUACCUGAUAAGGUGAUACUCGGUAAAGAAAUAUCAAAAAGUGUCAAAUGUUUUCAAAAACCACAAACUUUUCGGGGUUAUGACCCUCUUUCAGUGUGAGAAAAACCGUUCUGUGCCGAGGAACUCAUAUAUUGUCAACCCCGAUAUACGGAAACUGCGCGCUCGUGCUUUCUACUUUCCUUAUCACCAUCAUGUCCUAAUUGUAGAAAUUGUACGCAUUUCAAAUAUUGACAGAUUUAGAUGGGUUAAUACAAUAGCAAAAUAGCGUGGCAUUUUUGAUUUUGAUAAGCCCGUCUUUCUUCCUGAGGCCAAAGACUUACCGCCUGAGGAAAACGCACAAUAUCGUUACCUAUUAAGUUACCGUGUCAUCCCGGAUCAGAGCAAUUGAUUCGUUAAGCCAAAUGAAAAAAAACUAUAUUUAUAUUUAGUAUAUACACAAAAAUUGGAAAUUCAAGCGAUCUGAUAUUGGUUAGCUAUCUCGAACUAUGACGUUAUAUUCACCGCUCUAGGCGGUGAAUGUAAAGCAUAACAAAAUCCCUCUCGUGAACUGGGUGUUUUGCCAAAGUUUCGUAGUAAAUUAAAGCCUCUGAAACCUUUUUGAAAAUACACGAAUAUCCAAGUGCUGAUGACUUUGAAGGCAAGAAAAGACUUCAUGGUGUUUAAACAUUGUAAUUUAUUGUGAAGUGGUUUACUGUAGCUGACUUUUUGUACGCUCGAAGCUAUGUUUACCACUACAGAGGAAACAGGGGCACCCAACGAGAAUAUUGUUGAAAACCACUUAAACAUAGCGUUGUUAACCGUAUUUUAGUAUUUAGACGGUAGAUAUAGGCAUAUUUUUAUCCCCUAAAAAUUUUUUAUCUGUUCGGAUUUCCUAGCUGAAAGUCUAGUGAUCCGAAAAUUAUAUGGAUCAAAACUUACUUUUUCGAAAAUUUUAGCCAGAAAAAGGGCUUCCGAAAAUUCUAGGUGACCUUUUAAGGGUACAAAUGCGUUAAAAAUGGGCAAUUACAGUAGUUUUUAGAUGUUCGAAAAUCCUAGGAGAGGAAGGCAAGCAAGAAAUUUUACAACAAAUGUUCCGAAAAUUCUAGAUCUCAAAUCGUCUUCCGAACAGAUAUUUUCCGAAAAUUGUCGCUGGAUGGUCCCUGAGGAAAGCGAGGUCGCUUUGUUUUGUGAUUUCGGGAUUUUCUCGCGAGACCAAUUUUGCCUAUAAAUAGAAGUUAAUUUAUGGAGAAAAGAGGAAGGCAAGUAUUUUCGAAAAUUGUACGUGCCAGCAAGUUAACAAGGCAAAGAACGUUGGAAAUAAACAACGCUCACCUUGAUCGUAGCCGCUGUUGACAGCAUUUGCAAGAAGCGACAAAGAAAACUUUCUCAUUCACGGUGAGUUGACAGAAACAAAUAAAGCUCUACUUUUCUUCUCAGAAUUGGGUAGUAAUUUAAAUUUUCGGCGUUUUUCUUUAAACGGUUGAUGCUAAAGCUUACAAAACUCGAUGCAAAAAGAUUAAAACUAUCAUUUGCCAUGUUUGAAGAUACUGUAGAGAUCUAACUUUUGCGCAUCUAAUGUUUACGGCUUCGUGUUCACGCAUGAAUUCACCCUUCAAUCAAACUAAUCGUUUUUUAAUGGUUCCUUUCUGAUUCUGUUGAGAUCACUUCGUGUGACUAUACUAUUAUUCACCUCAGGCUCAGUUAAUAUUAUUGAAUAAUCCCCUCGACUUCGUCUCGGGGAUUAUUCAACAAUAUUAACUGAGCCUUCGGCGAAUAAUUAGGGACCUUUAGCAUCGCAGUUUUCGGGGAGACGGCAACGCCAUUGACCGAGGAGGACUAAGAAUAGUUGACACCGUUCCCGCCAAAAUCAAAAAUUAAUUUAGCUGACACCUUCUGUGCGACGGGGUAAACAUAACACAAAUCAACACAAAAUUUAGAGUGAGGAAAACGAAUUUAAUAAUAGAUGGCAAGUUGUAAAGAACUCCGCGAUCCCCUGGUGACAUGUUAUGACAGUAAGAUUACCUCAGACGAAGAAUUUCUUAUUUGAAUGAAGCUAAAUGAUUUGUUCCAGUCUGAAAAUCCCGAUUUCGACUACGAGAGCUAUCCUGCCUUUGAUCUUGCGGAAAUGAGCAUAGCGGAUUGUUUUGCAGAAUUUGGUUCUGAAAAGCAAGACAUACCUCGUCUUUCCCAAGCACUACAACUCCCCCCAACUUUUAGGUCUACCUCAUUGAUCUCUCUGUUGUAUCCCUGUACUGUAAGUCUAAGAGCCAAGUAGGAAUUCAAGCACGUCUAUUGUAAACACGAGCCUUUAUUAAAAGCUGCUUAAAGUCCAGACAUGAAGAGAAUAACAAAGGAAUGGUCUUGAGUGCUUCAUGACUUCUUAAUGCAUAAAAAGGCCCUCCGUUCAACUCUUAUUUUAAGAUCGAUGGACUCUUGCUAGAUAUUGAAGUUUGAAGGGUCAAGUUUCAUUCUUUUUUUCUACAUUCAAGCUUAUGCACAACAAAUAAAAAGUGACGUUCACUUAUCAUCGAGAAUUUUCUGAACCACAGCAAGGAUCUGGCAUACCGUUCAUCUGCUGCUGGUUUUGGAUUUGUUGCUCUUGCUUUCUUAUUUCCAGCUCCUGUUGUCUUAUUUCUCUGUCAGCUCCUGACUUCUCUCUUAAGAAGUCUACGAGUGGCGUCGCACAAAAAAAAAAAAAAAGAUCCAUCCUUGCUUUCGGAUUUUCGCUUAUUCGUUUUUCCUAAGGUUUCCAUCGCCUUCUUUCUCAUGUUUUCAGCCGUUUCUUUUUCCUGUUGUUUGGAUGCAGUUUCGGCUUCCGACGCUGUCGCGUAUCUUCUCUGGAAACUAGCUCCUCAAUUAGAGCUUCUCUCUCUGUCAAGUCGUUCACAGCAAUUCCACUCGCAUUUUCUUCCUCGAGAAUUUUCUUGGUAAAGUUUUUCCUUAGUAACAUCCAUCUCUCUCUCACUGCUCUUUUGUCUUUAAGUUGAAACUCUUGAGACUCCAAUCCAUUAAGCGUCGAUACUAUUGCCUCCCAAGCUAGGCCACGAGCUGGGCUUCCUUUAUUGUGAGCGAAAACAUUGGAGCCAAACAUUUCCCUCAACAUAAAAACAUCUUUUUCCUCCGUCCAUUCCCUCGGCCUGAAAGAAAAGUUAUCGUAAUUUAAGAUUACUUAAUUAUUCCAUGUAAAAUGAAAGCUUUUCGGUAACUUUUGGUCUAUUUCGUACUUUUCUUUUGAUCGUUCCCUUGUUUCGUCCACUGCAGACAUAUUUGACCUUAUAAGCUUCACUCAACUUCAGCCUAAAAAAAACAGAUAAAAAAUUGCUCACCUUUGGCCUCGCCAUCUUGAUAGACUAUGAAAAGAGAGUCUUUCUUUAUUUUGAAGGCAUUUUAGCCUAAAAUAAAUGUAAUAUGCUAAUAGCGGAGCUCUGGCGCGCGAAGCGCGCCUGCGGAGCACCAUGGGUAAGUAAAUCUACCCAUCCCAGAAAAUUUGGUAAUCACGUGACCGUACACCGCCCGCCCGUUCGUCCGCACCACAGGGAAACCAAUGUUCACUCAUACUUUCUAGCUAGUUUGGGAGCACAGGAAGACUGAUAUUGCACACAUAUUGAAGAAGUCUACUCACGUUUUCUCCGCAACGCGAAAAACAGCUUUUUGGCGUCGGCGCGGGCCUUGCACAACGUCGCGCCAAAACCUUUGACGCGAACCGGAAAUAAAAAUCACUUCCGGUCGCCGUGCCGUCCCAAAUUGCUCUCGCGCUACAGGUCCCUAUUGUUAGAUGCGAAAAUUGAACCAUGCCUUUAAUUUUUUAUGAUUUGCCACUAUGCGAGGAGAGUUGGGAGCUUGGUACCGAGGAUAAAGUUUUGAAUUUUAAAUCCGCCAUGAUGUGCACAAAUAAUAUCGUAGUCGACGUCGUAGUCAUGAAUCUUCGUAUAAUUGAUGUAGUGGUUUUCAGGGGCACCCAACGAGAGUACAGUUCAAAACCACUUAAACAUAGCAUUGUUGAACCAAGAGCCAUGAUGGGACAUUACGGUUCUUGGCAAGAGCCGUAAUGGCUCUUGGUUGAACUUAUUUUAAUAUUUAUGUAAUAAACGGUUGAUUAUAUGCAUAUUUCUAUCCUCUAAAAAUUUUUCGUCUGUUCGGAUUUCCUAGCUGAAAGGCUAGUGAAAAUUUCAGCCAGAAAAAAGGCUCCCAAAAAUUCUAGGUGACCUUUUUAGGGUAAAAAUCAGUUAAAAAAGGCAAUUAUACCAUUUUUUAAAUGUUCGAAAAUCCUAGGAGAGGCGGACAAGCAAGAAAUUUUCCAACAAAUAUUCCGAAAAUUCUAGAUCUUAAAUCGUCUUCCGAACAGAUAUUUUCCAAAAAUUGACGUUGGGUGCCCCUGGGUUUUGAUUUCGUUGAAACACAAACUUUUUCCUUCGACCCGCCUCCUCCCCAGCUCCUGCCUUUUUUUUCCUGUACAGUGGUGAUGUUAGUGUUGUUGCAGGCAUUGCCCUCACCUUCGCAGGCAAUACGUGUUUAGUAAGAGUUUGAGUUGAUAUUUUGAUUUGAUAUUCUGAGUUUAAUAAACCGGCUAUGUGUUAAAUGUUCACCUAGCCAUUUUACUCCAUCAUGUGUUUUGUAUUGCCUUUACUAACAGAGCGCAGCACAUAUUUCAUGUUGGCUAAUUUUGAGUCUUUGCAAUUCUACUGGGGAAAUUGAAGCAUAAAUUGUGUUUUGUCAUGGAGAGAAUUCUGGCAAAUGGAAUACAUUUAUGCUUAGGCGGUGCAGCGGAGAGGCUUAAGUAUUGUGGGGGGGUGGGUGGGGUAUACAGACAAAAACUCGUCGUUCAUAACUAAUUUUUAGCCAAAUUGAAGAGAUUGUCUGUUUCAGUUUUCUGUGUUCGAUAGAAAAUUCAGAAAUUCUCUUUGCUCAAAGUUCGAGUGUUAUGAGUGUCAAGGUGGUUGGUAACUGGGCAACAUACAUACUGUACUGAGUAAAACGAUUAACCAUUUUUUCACCUACCAAAGUUAGACUUUAGAAAGUUACUAUUGACAGGAGCUUAGCAUGGUAUAUCGGAGACCCAUUGAUAGACCACGAAGAAUCUUUCAUUAGGACGUCCAAACAUCGUGAAGGUCGAAGAUUGAUAACUACAAAAUGCGCAUCGGACUUCUCCUGAAGUUUUGCUUCACUUGACUAGGCAAAAUGAUCUAUCUAAACAAAUUGGAUUGCUUUUAGAUGAAAAUGGAUCGUAUAAAGAGGACGCCUCCUUUUACAUGGCAAUAGUGAUCAGAAAUCCAAACCGACUGUAACAAACAAAAUGUUUUAGACUGACAGUUCAUUAAGUCGUUCCAUACGGACCGUACAAAUUGUGAUGAACAAAUUUAGGAUCUAUCCAUGCUUUGUUAUGCCUCAAUAGGUGCAAGAAGUACCACAAGGUGAUGAUAACAAAAAACGAGAAGGGCCUAUUAUUCACAUUUUCUGCUCGGAGGAAGUUACGCUGGCGCAACCUGCUACAAUUACGAUCCCCUUCACUUUGCGUAAAGAAUUGGAGGACGUAUAUUUAAGGGAUGAAGAGUUACGUGAGAUGAGAAUUUUCCACGCCAAGGAUGAAUCAAGUGCAUGGGCUGAACUGCAUCCAAAAGAUUUUAAAGUAGAGAAUGGGGUUGUCACAUUCCAAGUGAGCCACUUUUCGAUGUAAGUACAAUUCUUAGUGUCUUAAGGGCACAAAUUAUUUUUUUCCGCGGAUAAAAAAGUAACCACUUAAUAUUUUUGGUUUGGUGCAGAUUCAACUUUCGUGAAAUUUUGAGCAGAUCAGUGGGCAGGUGAGGGAGGGAGCGAAGAGGCCUGCAACUGAGAUUAGAUGUUUUCACAUUAUACCUUACUUGAAAAGUGGUCAGCUCUUUUGGUGAAUUAAAAGCAGAGUUUACAGUUUACACUGGAACCGGCCGCGUGGCACAACCACCCAGCGUUUAUAUUUUGAAAUUCUUUUUAUUAGAAAACCUGGUGAAUACGACAAGAUGUUCAUAGCUCAACAUUGGGCUUUUUAGUAGUGUUCACUGUGCUUUUCUUGAAGGAUGUGUUUUAAAAAGAAGAACGAGGCGGCAGAAGAGAAGAAUAAUGAUGGGAAAUACUAUUUGCUCAACAUAGCCGCGUAUCUGAUCAUUUAGUUCUGAAAUAUCGAAGAAACACUGAAACGCAAGCGGCUAUAUUAUUCUUUUUGAGAUAAUGACAACAAAGGUGUAGCUAUUCUGACGAUUUAUGAUUCAUCUCCAUCUUUGCCGAGGAACUUGGACAUUUUUCACUCAUUGCUGUGUAGUAAGGCUGGACGGUUACGAAAAAUCACUUCAGAAAGUGCUGUAGAGCAGACAAUUUGAACUCGUGUCGAAUCUCCAUGAUUCCCAUAAAAAUGGUCUGAACUCGCCAAAAUUGACCUCAUCGCACAAGCCCGUGAUUUUUCUUUUCCUCCAAUCGAUACUUUUCUUAAUUCAGGUUUCAUCAUGUAUUAUAACUUCUCGUAAAACCUUUUACUUUCAAUUCAAACUUUUUGUUCUAUUGGAGGGGCUCAGCUUUGCUCUCACCAAACAAGAAAGUUAUUUUUUCAGCUCAAGCGAAUGGCUUUCAUCACUGGUCGUCAAUUCAGUACGCGUAAGUUCCGCUAUCCCCAGAUCCCCAUGGCACACUGUUACCUUACAUUUUGAUAGUUUAUCGCGCUCAAAAGAAGUUUUAUCUUAAGAGGGUUGUUAUCUGGACGACCGGAACGAUAAAAGCCAAGCGCUUGCAGUGAGCAGUGGAGAUAAUAUCACCUUGCUUAUCAUGACGAUCGUGACCGGGCAUCGUCUCGUUUGGUAAAAGCGAUGUGGGAACCCCCCCAUCCUAAAACGUUUCACAAUGAGUUAGGCUUUGAAGCGACCACUGACAGAAUUUCAAUAUGUUAUUUCCUUGGCAUUGCUCAAACACGUCUACCGAGAAAAGAAAGACCAGUAGGAACAGUCUGAAACAGACCUUUUGGGAGUGGUUUUGUUAAGACCUGAAGCUGAAGAAUACUGCUUCAGUACCCUUCUUUUAUUCAAACUACUAGAAAUUUUAACGUUGAUGAUGUCUAGUGGACCCCAGUUUUUAAAAUAUGUCCAUUAUUGAGAUGAUGAAGAAAAAACUUCAUUCAACUAAUCUUCAACAUAUAUUUCCAGUAUGCGAAAAAUGUGCUUUCGUGCGUGUGCCCCAGGCGUUCCUUUAUUCUUACCCAUCUAUAUUUUAUAAAUCUAAACUUUUAAUCAGUUCUUUAACUAUAAACUUCUCCAGACAAAGCCUAUCGAACCGAAAUAGACAUCAUUGCAUGGAAGAUCUCUAUAAAUGCAAUUUUAGCGCGUUUGAACAUUUUAAUGUGAUUUAAGAAGCUUCGAGUUCGAACAGUAGGCUACCUGUAUACCCUAAUCCUUAUUUCAAGUUAAUAUUGCAAGUGCAACAGGGAUUUUGAAACUCGCCUAAUCUACUUCACAAAAGCCUUAGGAAACGAACAGACGACGGUGCAAAGGCAAGGAAAGUCAUCUUGGUCUCGAACUCAUUCAUUUUCUUACAUGCAGAAUUCAGAUUGGAAGGACUAUCAUAGAUUUUGCCUGGGAUGCCUGCGAUUUUACCAUUAACAAAUGAAUUAUUGGAUGAGGCUGCGUAUCAAACUUUGCCUAUUGUUAUGGUUGCAUUUGGCAAAUACCGUUCCUCGGCAGGUUCAGGGCAUAAAGGGAUGCUUAGUGUAGCAGAUAUUCUUCGAAAAGAAUUUUGCUUCCGUCGAGUGUGGUUUUUUAUCAUAAGGUUUUAGGUGUUAAUUCCGGGCCAUUUUUCUUUGGCAAAACGAGUAAAAUCUUCCGCCAUUUCAGUCAUUUACUCUGGCUUUACCAAAACAGCUGAGCUACCACGCCUUCUUCUGUCCCUUUUCCUGUCCAUUAUCAGACUGUAUCAAUAUCUGCAAUCAUCUUCCCAAAUUGAUCAACGGUAGCUGCUGGUUAUCCUAAACAGGGGAUUUGAGCCAAUCAAAAUUAGAUAAAUAUUUUGAAUGAAUAACAGUUUGAACAUACUUUUAACGUUAGUAGACAACUGUAUUGUUAUAAAAAACAAUGCACGUUGUCUUAAAUCAGCUUUGCAGUAGUCUUUGGACUUCUCGUUCUUGGUUCUUCAGUUAUAUUUUGGCUGAUUAGAUCUCUUUUCUAGAGAUCCAACGUUUACAACUAGCAGGAUCUUCGUCCACGGUUUUUGGAGUUACCGUAAAAUUCCGAAAAUAAGCCCCGGGGCUUAUAUUUUUCAAAGUCCCUUUUGGAGGGGCUUAUUUUUGGAGGGGUCUAUAUUCGGAGGGGCUUAUGCACGGAGGAAAAUUUGCGUCAUAAAAUCAGUUGGGCUACAAUGUCGUGGAAAGGAAAUUUGCCAUUUUUGCUUUCUUUUACUUUGUAUUCGAGGGCAAAUUCCAAGUACAAGCCCCCCGGAAGGGGUUAAUAUUCUGAAGGGCGAUUUAACGGAGGGUUUUUUGCAUUACGAUUUUUGGGGGCUUUUAUUUGGAGGGGCUUAUUUUCGGAAUUUUACGGUAAUUUAAUCCUUUAUCAUUUUUUUGCAGGUUUUGGCCAUGGUUUCACUAUGCUGUACCGAUUCUAUUAACAACAGCCAUGGUUGGUCACCGUUAUUGGCUUUCCCGACCAUGGACUGUAAAGUUAGAAGCUUGGCUAUGUAAAACUGUUAUUCGCGGUUCUUUAGCCUUAAUUUUGCGUUGCUAUCCAGAUAACUUAAAAGAAGAACUGCGCAACGUUACAUCCAACCUCAUUGUGCUUUAUCAUGGUAUACCAAUAGAGCAAACAUGCCGCCAUGGCGACGUUUUCUUUUUCAGUCUUGUGUCCCUAUACCCUACUGAGGAUGAACAGUUGUCAGAAGAGGAAAUGCAAAUAAAGUAAGAAAGCUGACUAAAAAGAUUAUUAAAUAACUUUACAGCUACAGUCAACUCUCUCCCUUUCUCUCUCUCUCUACCCAGCGCUAUCAAAAACUGAACUUUUCUGACAUUCGAGCAAUGGUUUUCUUGCAAUCAUACGUAAUUAUGCCGGAUGGUCGCUUCCAGGAAACAGAAAACAAAAGUGUAAGUAAAAUUUCUGGUUUAAACAAGAGGUCGUGGUCGUUAAGAAAUUUAAGUUGUGGUCGCUUACGAGACUUUUUGGAACAGUAUUUGACUAAGAAACAAAACAGUUAAUUAUAUAAUUUCAAAGUGGUCGCUUAUACGGGAGGUGGUCGCUAUGGGAGAGUUGGCUGUAUUUCAAUUGAAACUAAGCAUUCCCGAUAAAAAAAAAUAAUAAAAAUUUUAAAAAGUGGAAAACAUUUCCUGUUUAGGGUAUUUUGGGUUUUGGGUGAAUGAUUUGUUCGGGUGGUAUUUCCCAUUUUAUUAUAUAAACUGCAGUGUUUUACAAGGAUUUCUACCACCGAGAAAUGUGGUAUCUGAACACACGUAAAAAUACGAUAUUUUUACAUGUGAAGAUAUCGAUAAUUUCACUGACAUCAGGUUUGUCUCUUAAAUUGUACUUAAAUUCGUUGGUGUAUCAUCGAAACAUCUUCGGGUCUUCCUCGAAAGUGCUCGGCAAUCUUCGGACAUCUUCGGAAAUUUUCGGAAAAUGUUCGGGAACGUUCGUCUGGUCUUCGGGACAAUUUGAAAAAUCUUCGGAAAUCUUCGGAAGGUGGUCGGAAAUCUUCGGAAAAUCAUCAAAAACGCCGUGAUCAGUACGUUUAUAUAAUAAAAAGAAUAUUACACGUUAGCUCGAAGAUAUGAAUUUUAUGUUCUCGUGGCAAGAGCAAUAUCUCACUCGUUCGCUACGCUCACUCUUGAGAUAUUGUUCUUGCCACUCGAACAUAAAAUUCAUAUCUUCUCGCCACCGUGUAAUAUUCUCUAUUAUUAUAUGGAGGAGAGUGUUUUACUGGAAACUAAACCACUCGUAGAUUCCAUACGCCACGUCAUCCGGGACCCGAGUGGCGUAUUUUCCGUAUGUCACCUUUGUGAGUGUCGUAUCGUUCAAUGACGUCACGAUUCCCGCCUUUUGCUUUUGUUGAAUUGGUUUCUCCAUAUAAUAAAAAGAACAUUACACGUUGGCUCGAAGAUAUGAAUUUUAUGUUCUCGUGGCAAGAACAAUAUCUCACGAGUGAGCGAAGCGAACGAGUGAGAUAUUGUUCUUGCCACUCGAACAUAAAAUUCAUAUCUUCUCGCCACCGUGUAAUAUCCUCUAUAUAUAAAUAGCGGGCUGCUCGACAGGUAACUGCAGUACAGGUUUAUUGCCGUAAUUAAUUACUAUUAUUAUUAUUAUUAUUAUUAUUAUUAUUAUUAUUAUUAUUAUUAUUAUUAUUAUUAUUAUUAUUAUUAUCAUUAUUAUUAUUAUUAUUAUCACUAUUAUUUUUUAUCAAUAUUAUUAUUAUUAAUUUUGUUCAAAUUUUAUUUUAUCUUAAGGGAAAACUAAACGAUUCUGCUGUUUGACAUGUCCAAUGUUUAGUUGUUGUUUUUUUUUUAACAUGAAGUGUUUUUGUCUUAUAUAAAAGCAAAAGUGUACUUUAAAAGCCAGUCGCCAAAAUGUUCAUCUGCCUAAAAGAAUACAAAUUACAAGCAACAGGUUGAAAAUACAGGCUUUGGUCAGUCCAUUUAGUCCAGGUAUCAAUACAGCUUCUUUUCUCGUUCAGCAAAACCAGCUGGCGGCUUCAAGACAACUUCAUUACUGCGCUUUUCACAAACAUACGAAUUCUUAAGUUCAAAAGCCAACUGACGAUUGCGUUUUCCGCUGCCGUCAAUCAUCUUAACGGACCUCUUAGGAAACAAAACUUUAAGUUAACCGGUUCAAAAGGUCAUGGUUUGUGAUUUGUGAUUGGUGGAUUUCGAUCCAUUUUGCGUGUUUCUGUGUUUCAAGGUUCGUUGCUUGUGAUCGUAGUUAUGAUUGACGGCAGCGAAAAACGCAAUUGUGAAGGCAGCUUUUGACCUUUAGAGUUCGCAUGUUUGUGAAAAGCGCAGUAACACGCUUUGCACGAGUUUUCCGUACGGCAACUGAGGGAAUAUUAGUUUUUAGUAUAUACUAAAACAGUGGAUAGUGUUUUUCACGCGCUCUGAUUGGCUACUCAAUCAGUGAAUAUCCUGCACUAUUCACUGAUUCACCUCCAGUUCCUCCGAGCGAGCGACGCCAAACUCGCGUAAGUUGCGAGCAAAAUGCCUUCCCGGUUUGCUGCCGUAAACAAACAAAGAAAUUUCACAACUAAUCAAGCAAGCUGUUUCCAAAAUACACGAAGAUGGUGACGAAGUUCGGAUUGGAAGUUUUAACAGGUAAGGCUUUGUCUUUUUGACACGAAUUUAUCGAUAAAACCGGUGGAAAAAUUUUUGUUUACAAAUGCAAAUUAAGUUUAAGUCUUGCGUUACUUUAUUUAGUUGAGUUGUUCAUAAAUAAGCUUAAAACUAAAUUUAAUAAUCUUUUGUUAUAGAAUGAUUUUAAAUACAAAAAGAAUGCACACCUCGUUUUGAAGAAAUUUCCCCGCAAGAGCUAAACAAAUGUCUGCAAAAGUUUUAAUUGUCGGCAAGAAAAAGCGACGGCCGCGGCCGCCCAGUCAUUACGCGCCAAAAUUGUAAUCGUUGGCAACAGUAUUUGAGUUAAAAAUCAUCAUUUUUGUGCUCAAUUAUCUCACUGUUUUAGUAUAUACUAAAACAAUUAUUCACCUCAGUGUCGGUGGCUAGUCGUGGAUAUUUACCUCACUGCUUCGCAGUUCGGUAAAAUAUCCACGACUAGCCACCUCCACUUCGGUGAAUAAUUGUUAUAUAACUGCACUAAAGAUACUGUACUGAUCCAAAUUCACGGUAAUUUCGACAGCUUCAGCGAAGAAUUAUUUUCGUUCACAUUGUCCAUUGUCAAUAUCCUAGAAUCCUGGUGAGUUUUUGGACGUGUUCAUUGCUCUAAAUGUUUUUUUGUGACUUGUGAAAAGCGAAGUUUCCUUGUAAAGUCAGGAAGGUUCACCGAUGGUAAUGGUCACCACGUUCUCCCUCGUGUUAUAGUUUUCAGUUGAAAUAUAGCAUAGCAUUCCUAUCAUUUUGAACUUAUUGACCAAUUGAAACAUCCGCAUUAAUUUACUCAGUUGGUGACAUCUAUCUGCCACCACAGUUCUAAUGUUUAACACGCGAACGAAGAUACUAAUCUCCGACUGACUGCUGGUGUAGACAAUAAUAUUAAAUUUAGCGAGCAUUCACGGCCUGCGAGAAAUUAAAACAACAACACAACACAACUGCAAAGAGUAUUUUUAAUAUAAUUGUUUUUCAAUUUUUGUAGGUCAUUUGCACAUGCCUUACUUGUGUCGAUUAUAUAAUUAUUUUCGAAAGAGUAACGCCUAAAAACCACCAAAAAGAACGUUGGGCCUCACGUCCUUGUCGAUCCAACCCUAGAAAGAAGAUCAAAGGUUGUAAAUUUUAUGACAGUGGAAUGAGUUCAGACUGCACUAAUCACUCCAUAUUUACAGGCUACACCAGUCUAUUAAUUUCAUUAAGAUAAAUACUAACUGUAAUGCGUUAAUUGGAGUGAUUUUAAAGGUUUUAUUGGAUAAAUAAGCAGGGUUGAUAAUGAGUAUGCAAAGAGCCCAGGCAUGGAGCCUUAAAAGAAAUAGGAGGCACGUAAGCUAUGUACACUUUGUCUUUUUAAGGAUUUCACUUUUUUUAAACAGAGUUCAAGCUAAUAAGAUCAUGCUUCCUGAAUGUAAGAGUGACGUGAUCCGUGUUCAACCACCUGGUGAUAGUAAUAAUCCUCAAAUAGAGUUCUUCAAACGAUCAGAAAAUGGGGGAAAAGAGAUCAUACGCAAGAUGUGUCUUCUGCCGGUAUGGUGCUUCAGUAGUUAUGCUUACUUCCUAAACUAAUAAUUGUUGUCCUUGGGAUUUUCUAUACCAGAGUAACCAAAAACCCCACCUUGGCUGAAUUGUUUACUCGGCUUACGGCAAUCGCUGCGUAAAGAUAAGAUCCCAAUGACUAAGAAGGCCAAAAAAAAAAAACAGUUUAAAAUGGUGGAAAAAUAGCCUGCGUAAACCUACCCUAAUGCUGGUUUUCAAUUGGGGCGCAGAAGAAUUCAAAGUUUUUUAAUAUAAAACAUAGAGGGCGGUAUAUUCAAACAUUAUAAACUGUGUUUAAAAAAUAGAUCCACGUUCUAUGCUCACUAAAAAUGGGCCAAUCCUUACAACCGAACAUUGUUUCCUGUUCAAUGCAUCAAGAAGGCUUACAGCCAAGACUAGAAAACCAUCUACCUAUUUAAAAAAAAUUAGUUACAAACUUCGUUUUAUUAUAACCAGCCUGGGCUGGUGUUUCGUUCUUGAGCCUGGGGGGAGGACGUAAUGACUGCUCCAGUAUAGAAUAAAAUAUCUAAGCUUUUGUCUUAAGUCAACCCAGUUUCAUAAGUUCACUGUGUCAAAACAAGAUAGCGAUAGCAACGUUUUUUAAAGGAAAUUUGUAAAGAAAACUAAUAGAACACAAAUUUUAUUAAGUUAUUAGUUCUCAUAGAAGCGUAAAAUCAUCAUAGUCACAAAAAUUGACAUUGAAAAAUGCUCUUUCGUAAAUUUCAGGAAAAGUCCUCAGAUUUCAACGAAUUUCAAGGCACGUCGGAAUGGAGCCAAGUAUGUGAUUGUUUGAUGUGUUAUUUUUCAGAUACUUUUGAGAAAGAAACAAAGGCAUACAAUUAUAGGUUGCUCUUUCCAAUAUUUACUUUGACGAAGUCUCCACACUCUAAAGCUCCCUGCUGUUAAAAAUCAACCAAACAUUCAUCUAUAUCCUUUUUAAAUUUAUUCCUUACCAAUACAGUGGAACCUCGAUAUAAUGAACCUCUGUAUCGAGGAGUCCUAGACUGUAAAACAGUCGGUUUUUUCCUCAGUCUCACUCUGUCUUUUCAGCUUUGUUCGAGACCUUUUGUUUGACUGCUCGAGUGUACUUGAAUACGCAAAAAUACGGACUGUUUUGCAGUCUAAGAAGUCCUCGGUGUAUUAAACUAUAUUCACUUCGCCCUAAUAAGAGCAAACCUGAUGUUAGAUAGGUAGUUAUAUAAACUUUGAGUUGAUAUUCGUUCUUGAAUCCACGAUGGCAUUCAAGACGGCAUUUAUUUCACUGUAACAUCCCUCUGUCAAAGAGCUUCUUCUAUCACUUUAUGGGGAUGUAUAUUUUGUUACCUGAAUAAAAAUAAAAUUCGGAUGAGAGAAUUUGUCUGAGGAAGUAAAAUGUUUUACCCUUUCUGUUGUAGAGGUCAUGGUUUUAGCAUCCCAUUUUGCAUUGACGUGCACUUCUCUAUACUUCAAGCCUUCCACUCCGACAUCUACAGUCUUUGUUUUGACCUUCGUUCGAAGAUCCGUUAAAAACAACAUGAAAAAACAUGAAAACAACCUUAUUUGAUCGUGUUCCUUAUAUGAGUAUCCGUUAGCUAGCCUUUUUCCACCGUUGCUCAGUUUUGGUAGUACAGUGGAACCCCGAUAUAACGAUAUGCCAACGGGAGCAUUAAAGUUAUAUCGUUAUAUCGAGGAAUCGUUAUAUCGACACUCCCGAUACAACGAUAUGAAUCGAUAUGCAUCGUUAUAUCGAAACUUCCGAUAUCAAUAUCGUUAUUUAAUUACAUUUGUAAUGAGUAUCAACUGGUUCACAAAAUAACAUGUCAAGCAUGCAGCAAUGUCCAUAAACAAAGUAAGUAAAAGUAAACUUAAACCGUUUGAAGUUGCGCCUGUUAUCGUCUUUAACGUUUUAUCGAAAAAAAAAACAAACACUUAUUCAUUCCUGAAAGUACUCCUUCAGUUUGGUUUCCUUCACGUUGUUUGACUUGCAGUCUUAAUAACGCGUCCUUCAUCGCCGAAAGAGAGGAAAGAAAGUCUCUCUCUCUUUCGCCUGAAUCUUCCAACGGAAUUAGAAAAUCUCUUAUUGCCUUCAAGCUUCGGUAGCUUGCAUAGGAGUCAGAGGAGUAGGCUCCAUCACUGAUGUCAUUUUCGUAUAUCAUCGUACAAAGCUGUUGACAGAAACCUUAGAGAUGACUCAAUUACUGUUAUGUAUUAAAUUCAAGACACCCGAGUAUGUGUAGGCGGCUUUGACAUAUUCCACGAUAGCGAUCAUUAAAUUGUUUCCUUCUAAAUUUGUAUUUUAAAAAAAAUAAACACACUAUAAAUUGUUUCUAGUUCAAUCUAGGUUUAAUCAGUCUAGACAGGAGUGUACAACGUACAAACAGACAUAUACAGAGAAGAAAAACCACGUGCAAGCACGCUACUGUAGCUCGUGAACAUGGCUGCCAUGUUCUUUCUCACUUGCGACAACUCGGAAGCGAAAGCGUAAAAGCGACAACUUGGAAGACAGUUUUUCAAGAGGUGGGGGAUUUGAAUAUGAACUCGUAUACUUUCAAAAAAAGUAAUAUUAACACCUUUUAAAAUCAUUAAAAUGAUUCGCACUACCCCCCCCCCCCAUCCUUCCAUUUUGUAAUACCAGAAGUCCCACUGGAAUGGAGCGACAACUUGGAAGUGACAAGUAGGAAGCGACAACUUGUGACCCCUAUCGGCUUCCGUAGUGUACUGAUAAUAUCGUUAUAUCGGGAACAAUUUUUCAUCGUCAUAUCGGGAAUAUCGUUCUAUCGAAGAUCGUUAUAUCGGAGUUCUGUCCCAUAUAUUUUUUUUGCCAGGACAUAGAAGAUUUAACAAUUAUUCCUCGAACCCGAAUGGGCUCUGAGUCAAUAGCCCAUUCGGCCUUCGGCCUCAUGGUCUACUGACUCAGAGGCCAUGAGGGCGAGAGGAAUAGUUUUUUCUAGUAAAAUCCAACUAGUUGGUCAAAAAUAUCGAGAAUAAAAAAAAUUUAGCUACCUAAAGAUAGACUUUAAUCCUUUUUGCCGCCAAAAAGCCCGCGCUUUUCGCUACUAGUGGGCUAUAACAUAUAGCCUAGUUGUAGCUCAACCAAUCAGAACGCAGCAUUGAUAAUAGACCACUAGCUGGAUUUUAAUAAUCAUCGUUAUACCGGGAUCAUCGUUAUAUCGGGGUCCACCGUAUCUAUUUACUCGAAAACCACUGCACACUUAUCGGUACGAUGCUUACUUGAGGACGGCCAGCGACGCUGAACGUUGCGAGAACGUACAGAGAAAAUAAGUGUGCAGUAUUCUUAGCUCAAGCUACUCACUCACUCCUGUCCUGUGCUUUUUUGAGGAAAAAAAAUCGACCGUUCGUGGCUAUGCAAAAAUAAAAUAAAAAAUAAACAAAAUGAAAACUUAUCUAAAAUCUAAUAUUAUGAACUAGGGUAUCUAAAAGACAGUAAUGCUGCGGCACAUUCCGUUGAUACUGACAUUAGUUAGGCAGUGAGACCAGAAAAUGACAUUGAAUGUCCUAUUUACAUGAUGGAAAGUAACAAUUACUAUCAGUUCAUAGAGAGAACUCGUGGGAACGUUGUUUAGAAAAUGAUCAAGUGGUUAUCAACUCUGGUUUUCCCACAGUUAAUUGUAGGAAAUGAUAGAAAUUCAGAUUGUUUAUCCAUAAUUUUAUUAUACGGUGUACUAUCUUUUCUCUGGAAAAACAAUACUUUUCUUGCUGUUUAUUGCACUUUAUUAAAUAACAGUUAUGUAUGUAUAUAUUUAUAGAAAACAACAACACAAAGAACGGGGAAAAAAAGAGAGAAGGAAAAAAAGGGUUGCGAAGGACUCGAACCCGGCACCUUCGGCUCGACGUACGACUACACGGCCUAACCACUACACCACAGGGGCUGAAAACAUAAGUCUUGGGAUUAGACUUUAAUUUAAUGCAUUUUCCAUGAAACUUCGCCCGGCAAGAUGAUCGAGCCGCAUUAACCGAGCAAUUAACAGUAAGAAAACAAUGUAAACGCGGCAUAUUCCAUGGCAAUGAAUAAAUGAAAGAACAAAAUUAUGCUUUACAAAACGCCGAUACACGUCCUCGUCUCCAAAGUAGGACGCACGACAUAUGUUUUGUUAUCUCGAUUUCCGCUGUUAUUUUGAAGCCAGUGGUCAAAAUCACAUCCAUUUUCGGCUCAUAGAGGUUCUUAAGAAUAGCAUGGCAUGACAUUUUCUCACUUUCACAUCACCUUCUAGCAAGGUGGAAUUUGUAUAUCCCCCGUGUUGCGGAGUCGAAGAGCAAAUACUCAUCUUCUCGUCAAUUUUAACGUCUGGACGAGUCCAAGUCUCUUGAAUUGAAAUCCAAUCCAUCGUUAACCAUCGUACUCAUCUGAAAGACUCCUGCGUAUCUUAAAUUUGGUUAGACCUCUAGCCGUGCUGUACAAAAUUUGCCUCAAAGAAACUCUGAGUCUGAGCAGCGAACGAUGCACGCCCGGCUGCACGCUCUCAACCACCGAACUUCCUCGUGUUUUUAUUUGAGUUGUUCGUGGCGCAAUGCAUCCUGGUAAAAAGUAACGCAACGCACUCUGUUUAAAUGCAAUGCAUUCUGGUAAAAAGUGAUGAAUUUGAGAAUUCCUCCCACCUUAUAUAUUUCCCUUAAAUCCUGAUUGUGUUGCUGCUCGCUCCCUGCGGUCGCUCCGCAGCAAUUACAAUAAUUAAUAUGGAAUAAGUUUGAAUUAGUAAUCUUAACAAACAUAUUCACAAAAUUAAUGUCGAUAUAGAAAGGUAUAAAUAACUCCCGAUAUCUACUGUCAUCUUUCCUUUUGUAGAGGCCAAGGCCAAUUUCAAAAGGAAAGCACAAUAGUAAGGUAGGAGAAUUUUUGUAG